AUGCUGCUGCUUGUCACUAAGCCUGCCCCUAAGCCCUUUCCUCGGCUCCUGUUCUCGCCAAUCACCGCCCGCGGCCUCCUCCAGUUUUUCCCCCGACAACAUCAACCUCUCCUUGCAUCACAAACCCCUUGGGCCAUUCUCUCCUCUUGUCCGCAACAACCACGGCGUCCUACGCCAUACAACGCCCAGCCAAUCUAUCAUCGCGGCCGAUUGAAGAAGGGCCGUACACGGAUAUCCCGCUGGCUCUGGAAUCCCAUCAACUACGUUCCUCGUACAACUGUCGUCACCGCUCCACGACCUUCUCCAAUCUCCGACACUUCUCCUUAUAUCGAAUCGCAACGGGACGCUUAUCCCCUGCUGACCAUCCCGGAACAGCGUCGCAGUCGCCAGCAACCCAGUCCAACGAGCUUGCUGGUUGAGCGCAGUGCCGCGGAUACAGAGAGUGGACGCGCAAGUGUCGGGCUUCCUCCAGGUCAACGACGAAGCGGUGUGUGGGACAAAAAUAACAUGGGCAACGAUCCCGGGCAAAGUCCAGGAGCGAUACGAGGAGAUGCAGACAAUAUUCACAGACCAGAUCCUGCUCUAUUGCGGACCAAUGGGUUAAAUCCCAACCAUGUUGCUGGUGCCUAUCCGGAUCGCCCUCGAGAAGUACCGUCACAGCAUUCCUUACGGUCUCAGGCAUUUGCUUCCAUUCCCUCUACCAACGGAAACCACUCUUCAGGCGGUGGUGGUGGUGCGGAUGGUGAUGUCGCGGAGGAGCUAGCGUGGGGUCCCUCGCAUCCUUGUUUCCCACAUAUGAAUCCACAUGUCCCUGUCACAUCCGACGAAUAUCAGAACACCCGUAUCAUCCGCAUACGACGUGAUUGGAUGGUCAAGGGUGAUCUAGCGCCUACUUUUUCGAAUUUGUAUCCUGAAAUUCUUGACCCCAUUCUUCCUGAGCUUGAGUUCCGAACGGUUAUCGCAAAGAUAAACAAGGAACUUAUAUCUGCGUUUGACCCUUAUAGUGUACGCAACUGGCUUGAUGGUGCUAUUGGGCUAGUAACGGGCUGGGUCUGGGAUGACCUCGGUGUGACCGGCAUCAAGAGCCAUCUGAAGUCCAUCGAGCAGUGGCUUGAGCACUGGAAUGAGACUGUCGGCAGUACAGAAGGCGUGAAGAUCUGGAGUCUACGGAGCACGGGUUAUAUGUCUGUCGACAUCCAGAUUCCAGAUCCAAAAGUUGGCAUUGUCGAGACCGAUGCAGCAUCUGCUACUGACAUGAGACCAAACACUGCAGGGCGUAAUGCCGAAAACCACUUCCUCCCACCAUCGGAAGGCUGA